CCGGAGUAUACUCACUAGCUACACGCCACGACUUGCCACUUCCACGGGCUAUUGAAUACAUCAAUUUCCCUCUCAUAUCGAAAAUCUAUUUAUUGGUCUCUCAGUCAUUCGCACAAUGCCUCGCAAGAAGCAAAAGAGCGGCCCCGCGCCACGCUCCCAUCGCCCUAGCGGUCCAGCCAAGCCUGGUCCUGCUCCAGCAUCGCAGGCUAAGAACAAGGGCUCUAAGCCCGAUCACUCUGCCAGUGGCACUGUUAAAGAGGGCAGCCAGAAGAAGCAGGCGCUGCAGGCGAAUCAGAGGCCGAUUGUGCCAUUCUUGAGGGGGGAUCGUAUCUUGUUGGUUGGAGAGGGUGACUUCUCUUUCGCCCGUUCUCUGGCAAAACAAUACAAAUGCCGCAAACUAUGCGCUACAUGCUACGACUCGAAAGAGACGCUUUUCAGCAAAUACCCACAAGCCGAGCAACACAUCCAAGAGAUCCUAGACUCUUCAAAACCAAAGCCCAAAUCAGCAUCCGAAGAUGCAGAGGAAGCAAAAACCUCUGAAUCCAAUGCUCAGCCCACAUCCACAUCACCCUCAACGCAAAAACCCACGCCAAAGGUGCUCUUCUCCGUCGACGCACGUAAGCUCGGCUCUCCAGCCGGCGGCGGCAAAGAAAUCCGUACGGGCUUCCCUCGCAAAGAACCCAAAAUUCCAGCCUGGAAGCUCCACCAGCAAAGCCAAGCGCAGGCGCAAGGGCAGUCUUCUACUCCCACUGUGUCGUCGCCACCCAGCGGACCGUGGGAUGUGAUUUGUUUCAACUUCCCACAUGUCGGCGGUCUCUCUACGGAUGUCAAUCGACAAGUACGCGCAAACCAAGAACUACUGGUAGCCUUUUUUAAAGCUUGUGUACCCCUACUCUCCACGGCGCCAGCACCUGUGGAUGAAGACGAGGAAUGGGAAGAAGAUUCCGAAGAGGACUCUGAUUCCGAUGAAGAUGGAAACGAAGACGGCGAUGGCGAUGCCCAGACUUCAGGCAAAGCCGUUCGCACCGGUCCCGGUCAAAUUCUCGUUUCGCUGUUCGAGGGUGAACCGUACACCCUCUGGAAUAUCAAGGAUUUGGCCCGUCAUGCGGGACUACAGGUUGUUACGAGCUUCAAGUUUCCCUGGGCUGAGUAUGAGGGGUAUUCGCAUGCGCGUACACUGGGUGAAGUUGAAGGGAAGGAUGGUGGGAGAGGUGGAUGGCGUGGGGAGGAUAGGUUGGCUAGGAUGUAUGUGUUCGAGGUGAAGCCGGAGGAGCCACGUGGGAAGAAGAAGAAGAGAGCUAGAGAAGGGGAUAGUGAUAGUGAGUAGAUUGGUAUUUGCUGAGGAUAUAGAACUAAAAGAAUAUUUGAUUUGAAUUCCAGGUCAUUCCAGAUGACAUUCUGGCCGAGAUAUGGUGGCAUUCCGCUUCGCAGGAUGAAAUUAAUUUGCCCUUCUACUUCGUUACAUGAUAUACACCUUCUUCAUCUCGCUCUCGUCGAAGACUUCGCCCGUCGUCGGGUCCUUGACCUUACCCGACUCGACGGAUCCGACAUUCUUGCUGAUGUCCAGUAGCCGUGCCUUACCGUAGACGCGACCAUUAGGCAGCACGAUUGGAUCACCUUCCACGUAACUCUUUGAGUGGUGCGCAUAUGGCAUCUUGCGCGCCAACUCGUUCAAUUCAGUAGAGCAGAUGGGGCAGACGGAUGUCGUCGUAGACUGGGAGUUGGAGCUGGAGGAAGUGUAGGCCGAAUGACACAGUGGUGUCUUGAGCGCAGAUAGGCCCGCGGACAGGGCUAUGUGUAGUAAUGGCUGUGACGGUAGGGACAAGAGCUCAUGGUGUGUUUGGAUGAAGAGGUCUGAGAGGAACUUCCACCGUUCGUGUGAGAAGAAU